UAAAACAAAAUGAUGCAUAUUUCAAAAACAGCUGUUUUUCUGAGACCUCAACAUUUUGUGUUAAUUUUGAAAUACAAUAGAUGCACUCGAAGUUCUAGAAAAAUGACUAACUGGGAAUCAGAGAAACGUAAAUAUUUAACUAUGAAUUUAGAAGAUAGAAGAAAGUUAUAUAAAACAUACGUAAAAAUAGAAGAUAUUCCAACUUGGAAGCAAUACGCCGGCGGAAAAAAACUUUUACCAAAAAUAGAUGUACUACAAGGUUGUGAGAUUGACAAAUCGAAAAAUGAUCUAUUAAUUAAUAAAAUUUCGUAUUACUGCGGUGAUAUCACACAUCUGGAGAUUGACGCUAUUGUAAAUGCAGCGAAUUCCACACUUUUGGGUGGUGGAGGAGUAGAUGGAGCUAUCCAUGCAGCUGCUGGACCGUCUUUAAAACAAGAGUGUAUGACUCUUGGAGGUUGUCCUACAGGAGAAGCAAAAAUUACAGGGGGUUAUAAGUUACCAGCAAAAUAUGUGAUACAUACAGUAGGACCUCGGGGAGAAAAAACUGGAGAUCUGAGAAAUUGUUAUAAUAACAGCUUAAAGCUAAUGACAGAAUACAAAUUAAAAACCUUAGCUUUUCCUUGUAUAUCGACAGGAAUAUAUGGUUAUCCGAAUUUACCUGCUGCUCAUGUAGCUGCCUACACAAUUCGGAAAUAUUUAGAAGCAAACGAAAACGAUGUUGAACGCAUUAUAUUUUGCUUGUUCAUGGAUGAAGAUAAGAAAAUAUACGAGGGUUUAUUACAAUCAUAUUUUCCAUUGAACUAGAAUUAUGAGAUACAAUUUUAAACUUACCUAAAAAAAUCAAGAGCCAUAACUUCAAUCCUGGAUGUAAAUUAAAAAUAAAGAAUAAUAAAAACAACUGUUUCAAAUACUUAAAA